AUGUGGAAAAACCUGGUAGGAGCCAUGGGCCAAUCCACUAAUGACUGCAGAAAACAAAAGGACCUGUUAAAGGUUACUCCUGGCCAGCUGUGGGAUGAUCUCUUAGCCCAGAGCACACCCAAAGAGAAAAUAGAUAAACAGCCCAAUGCUGCCCUCUUGUGGUUAUGGUCACUUGGUAUUCCUGGUUUGAAAAAAGAAAAUGGCUCUAAGGUAUCAGAAUUUGUUCUCCUGGGUCUGUCAUCCUCUUGGGAGCUGCAGCUGUUUCUAUUCUUACUAUUUUUGAUGUUUUACAUCACUAUUAUACUGGGAAACCUCUUGAUAGUGGUGAUAGUGCGAGCUGAUGCCCAUCUGCUCCAAUCUCCCAUGUACUAUUUUUUGGGCCAUAUCUCCUUCAUUGAUUUAUGCCUGAGCUGUGUUACUGUGCCCAAGAUGUUAGGGGAUUUUCUAAGACAGGGCAAAACCAUCUCUUUUUCAGGAUGUCUGGCCCAGAUCUACUCGCUCCACUUUCUGGGAGCCAGUGAGAUGUUUCUGCUUACAGUCAUGGCUUAUGAUAGGUAUGUUGCCAUCUGUAAUCCUUUGCACUACCUGACUGUCAUGAAUCGCCAGCUGUGCCCUCAGUUGGUUCUUGCCUGCUGGUGUGGUGGCUUCGUCCACUCUAUCACACAGGUCAUACUCAUCAUCCAGCUGCCCUUCUGUGGUCCCAAUGAACUGGACAACUUCUACUGUGAUGUUCCACAGGUCAUCAAGCUGGCCUGCAUAGACACCUAUGUGGUAGAAGUGCUGAUGGUCUCCAAUAGUGGUUUGCUAUCUCUCAUCUGCUUCUUGGUCUUGCUAUUCUCCUAUGCUAUAAUCUUGAUGACCCUGAGGACUCACUUCCGUCAGGGCCAGAGCAAGGCAUUGUCUACCUGCGCCUCUCACCUAACAGUAGUCAGCCUGAUCUUUGUGCCAUGUGUAUUCAUCUACCUGAGGCCUUUCUGCAGCUUCUCUGUGGAUAAGGUAUUCUCUGUAUUGUAUACAGUAAUCACACCUUUGUUGAACCCCCUCAUCUACACACUCAGAAAUGCUGAUUUGAAGACAGCUAUGGAGAAGCUAAGAAAAAAAGCAUGUGGCAUUUUGCUGCCAUGUUGA